AUGGAGUAUUUCAACCAGAUCAAGAACCGUCGUCGUUCUUCGCAGAUGAUCAGUGCGCCCAAGCCUGUCUUAUCGCCCGAAGACGAAGCCUACCUACGUUCGUUAACCGCUGAGGAGGAAACUGUACCGAUUCCAGCGGAACCCAAAGAACACACUCCAAAUGAGGCUUCUCAGCUAGCAGAGACGAGUGAACAUGCUGUGAAUGUCCCUCUGCCAACUUCACCCGCGGAAGAUUUUGGAAAAGAGCUUGGGGAGGAGGAAAGGCGUGAGCGGAAGGGGUCACAACCAACUCUGACGAGAUCAGAUACACCAAAGCCUGAAACUGCCCAGACACCGCAGAAGAAGAAGCGAUGGAGCGCCAUGUUUUGGAAGAAUAACUCCGAGAAGAAGGACAAAGAAGUCAGCGAGUCAGACAAGUUGCAGAUCGAGACCUCGACUCCUCCCGCGACCUCGGACACCUCGAAUAACGGGCAGAGUGCAGAGAAGGACAAGGAUGCAGAGGACAUGACGGAUAUCCUCGAGCGGUUGAACCUAGCAGCAGACAACAACCGAGUCUUCUCUAUUAGCGACGAGACACAGGAGCUACUGCGCAAAUUCAAGCUCAUUUUCAAGGACUUGAUCAACGGAGUGCCGACUGCCUACCGUGAUUUGGAGAUGCUCUUGACCAACGGGAAUCGGCAGUUGCAGGAUACCUACACGAAGCUUCCUGGACCUAUGCAAAAGCUUAUCGAAAAGCUUCCUGAACGUUGGACUGAAACUCUGGCCCCAGAGAUGCUGGCUGUUGCAGCUGAGCGAGCUGGGAAGAGUGGCGUCAGCAUGCAGAAUGUGGGCAAGGCAGCUGCAGCUGCGGAGAAAAUUGGUCUCAACGUGCCAAGCUUGAAGGAGCUUGUAUCGAAACCUGCUGCCCUUGUUGGUAUGCUACGAUCAAUCAUGGCAUUCUUGCGAGCUCGAUUCCCUGCCGUUCUGGGUAUGAAUGUGCUCUGGUCACUUGCGUUGUUCCUUUUACUAUUCGUUCUAUGGUAUUGCCAUAAACGCGGACGCGAAGUCCGUCUCGAGAACGAGCGUCUCGUAACAGAAGAAGAAAUCAACAAGCUCAAUGAGGAUGCCUCCGCAGAGAGGAUUCGUGCCACCGAGACUUUGACAACCACGGCACCCCAAGGUGCCUCUCCCGAGGAGAUCCGUGAAGGUGUGAGAAGGGUAGAGGAAGCCAGGGUCGCACCUUCUGUUACCCCUACUGAGCCUGAAAACGAAGCUGAAGAAGUUGUCCGACCAGAGCCCGUACCCGCCCGGUCGAAAUCCCGGCUAUCGAUCUUUGGUCGAGCAAAGACAGAGCCCAUGCCCAAUAAUGCCACUCCUUAUCCUGGGACUUGA